AAAAAAUAUUUAGGGCCCAUCAUCCAGUCUAAUAUUGUUGCUAUAAUCGUAUUCCUAUCCGUUGCUGUUUGGGUACCUAUUGGAUACUGUAUCAAGAAAGCGGAUGGAAGAGAAAUUCUGACCACGAGACGAGCUGGCCGAGUUCGCACGGUCUACGUUGAUCGUCCAGCCCAAAGUCAGUGA